CCCGCUGCUUGCACGUCAUAGGUAAUACAAACUGCCGUAUGUGCGUAAGCGGCCAAUUAAUGUACUGGUUGAGACGGAAGAGUCGGCAUUCAGCCGGGUAUUUAAUAUUGAGCUGUCCGCAGCCGGCCGCUGGCCCAGCUAUUUCACUUUGCGUGACCGUUCUAUAGGCAUUGUUUAUCUGACGGUCACAUUACACGGCUGAUUUUCAACAAUUCCUAACCAUCAUGCUGCUAAACAAGGCAGUCUUAAGCUUGCUUAGCUUUGUCGCCACUACACGAGCCCUGAGAAAUGGUACGACCACUAACCCGCAAAAUGCCACGACCGUGCCCGACUCAUGGCCUGUUGUCGAUCUCGGUUACGCCAAAUACCAAGGGCGCCGACCUGGUACAGGUGUAGAUGAGUUUCUCGGCAUGCGCUACGCCAAACCACCCACUGGUAACCGCCGAUUCCGCGCCCCCGAAGACCCAUCGUCCGAAUUAGAGGUGCAGGAUGCAACUCAGUACGGUCCCAAUUGCCUCGGCGUGGCUGAGAGCACAGGAAAGCCCCAGGUGCCUGGUCCAAUGAACGCCGAGGACUGCUUGUUUGUGAACAUCUUCAAACCUUCUAAUGCAACCGACCAGUCAAAAUUGCCUGUUUGGGUUUGGAUCACAGGCGGCGGUUUCGCAGAUGCUGCCUGGGUCAACUUCAACGAGACGGGUCUCGUCAACGAAGCAGACCAAGAUAUUGUCUUUGUGGAAUUCAACUACAGGAACGGUCCUCUUGGCUUCCUUGCAAGUGAUCAAGUCCGGAAAGACGGUGAUUUGAAUGCAGGAUUAUUGGACCAGCGAAAGCUCUUGCAUUGGGUCCAGAUGUACAUCCACAAGUUUGGAGGUGAUCCCAAACGCGUGGUGAUCCACGGAGCGUCUGCCGGUGCCACAUCAGUCGCCUACCACCUCACAGCAUAUUCUGGUCGCAAAGACAAUGAGCUGUUUGCUGGAGUUAUAGCACAGGAUUCGUUUUGGCCACCGCAGAGAACUGUAGAGGAAAUGGAGUCUCAGUACUGGCAACUACUUUCAAAGACCAACUGCACAACAUUGGGCUGCCUCCGCUCUGUCGAUAUUGACAGGUUUCAAAUUGCCAGCCAAACACUGCCCUUUGCCGACGCCGACGCAGACAAACCGAUUCCGCCACUGUUUUAUUGGCUGCCAGUAGUUGACGGAACUUUGGUCCCGGACCGAUUCUAUAAUCUUUUUGAAAGCGGUAGCUUCAUCCAUGUGCCUGCUCUGAUUGGAGAUGACACCAACGAGGGAUCACAGUAUGCGCCGAAUGCUUCUACAGCAGCCGACGUAUCAGUUUUCUUCAAGAACAACUAUCCAAAUCUAUCUACAAUACAACUCAAGGAAAUCAACGAUGUUUACCCAAAGAUGGAUGCGCUGCCUCAACAUAACGCAUACUUUCCAUCUGCAAGCGCGGCGUACGGCGAUAUGUGCUUUACGUGCCCCGGAAACCAGAUAGCUUCCUCUUUGGCGCGAUACAAUGAUCCUAAUCUGGUAUGGAACUACCGAUACAAUGUAAUGGAUCCUGAAACGGUAGCCAAGGGCCUGGGUGUGCACCACGAUCAAGAAUGGUGGACCAUCUUUGGACCGGUGCGGUAUGAAGCUUACGAGCCAGCCUCAGACUUCACUAUCAAUGCCGCGAUGAUCCCUAUUACUAGACACUACUGGAUCAGUUUUGUUCGCUCACUCAACCCCAACACAUUUAGAGUUCCCCAGGCACCAGAGUGGCAGCCAUGGGGCUCGGGUGCUGGACAGCGUAUUCGCCUCGAGACGAACAAUACUGCCAUGGAACCCAUGCCGCAGGAUUUGACAGAAAGGUGCACAUUUUGGAAGGGCUUGGCAGUCAGCACAGAACAGUGAGAUGAGAAGUGAGCCCGCUCGCAUAAGGCAUGAUAAAGUCACGACUAUAUAUAGACCACUCCCUAGUCAUUAAAAAACUCCAUGGACUCCUUGAUAUUCGCUCGGAUCGAAUCGACGUAGGAUCUGCUUUCACGCUGCGGUUUCAAAUCCUCUUGGGCCAUCACAGCCCAAAACAAUCGUGUUCGAUCUGGACGGGAGAAAAUACCCGAAGCAUCAGCAAUAUCCGAAACAGUAGGUUUAUCAAAUAGACAGUAUUCGCGUGGAAUGCCCAUGUACUGUUCAAGCGUUCGUACUUGGCAUUGAAUGGCAUCGAUAAUUACCAUGGCAUAGGCCUUAAGCGGCAUGUCUUGGAGAGCCGAGACGCCGCCAAUACGAAGCACAGAUUUGACUUUGAGAGACCUAUACGAUUCUAGUGAUACAUUGCAAAGGUGCCGAUGGAUGCGAUGAAAUAAAGAAUCAAAGAGCCUCAUGAGCGCAAGGUAGCUUGAUAGAACUAACAGUGCAAGCUCUGUACUAAGCUCAUCAGUCGUUUGCGUGCUUGAAUGGGUUGCAGGUGCGAGUCUUUGGAUGAUAUUGAUGAAGUCUUUGCUGCAGAUGAGAAGAGAAGUGCCUGGAUUGUCAACUUGGCUGCCAGCAUCUUCAUCCUUGCAGCGCUGUAUAAUUUGGGAGUGGUCUUCUGAAUAGUAGGUAUCGAUGGCGGCGAUGCGCUGUUCCAUCUCCUCGCGGAAUUUCACCAGAGAGUUCUCUACACUUGGAGAUUUUGCUGGAGAUCUUGGAACUAUGAUAUUUUCCUCACAACCGAGAAACGGAUCCAAGUACAUCUCAAGGGCAGUAGCUGGAUCCAGGUCUAGUUGGAGCAUGGCGUUGAGUUCAUGCUCUGCACUAAGAAGCCCUUGAAACCGUGUAGGGCUGUUCGGCGCGUCUGGUAGUGAGAGCAUAGAUCGUCUUGAAGGAGGACCUUGGUCAACCGACAAUGGACUAAAAGGGGCAUUCUCGUUUGGUGCUGGCCAAAAUUCCGGCUCUGACCCGUGAUGCAACGUCUCAGGCUGUAGAUAUUGGUGUGAAGCAGAUCCAACCAGAUCAAGAUCGCGUGAUGCUUCGUUCUGAGAAAUCGCAUAUAUGGUAUGAUUUCUGGGCUGUAGGCGUGAUGAUCUUGGCAAUGCUGACUGGUUGAUGGCGCCCUUGUGAGUCUUCUUUCGGGCGGCGGUGUGAUGAACUUGAGGUGAUACGCUGCACGUAGGUGUUGAUCCAACAGGCCUGCUGGCGCUUUCACGGUCAAUGCCGCGUUGCUUAGGAGGUCUUCCAGGACGUCCAGUCUUUCCUAUGGAGCACCGGGCACCGAUGGAGUUGCAGCGGGCACAAACAGCUGGGCUGUCUAGCAGACGAAUGCAUCGGACUCUUUUGCCUCGGCACCCAUCACAGGCAGAGCGCGUGACUGCAGGAUUCGGCAUAUGCUGUAUUAUAUAUAAGUAUAUGUAAAUGAUAAUUAAAUUAGUAACAGCUUAUAUAACAGCGAUGCAAGUGUGAAAACGAGUUGCAAAGACAUGCAAUGAAUGGGUGUAGGUUCGGAUGGU